UCCUACACAACAAAAUUUUAUAUCAUUCAAAUCUGUUGGCCAUCGGAUAAAAUUUUACCCAAAUCUCAUGAUGAACGUCUAGUAAAAAUGUCUCGACUUUAAUGUGCUUUGUUAAUCCCAGAAGCCAUGGGAUGAAUAAAUGAAUGAAUAAAUGAAUCAAUUAAUGAAUGAAUGAAUAAAUGAAUGAAUAAUCACCAGGAAAGUCUGGGAAUUUAUCGACUUUCUAGCCCAGAAAUUAUCAAAACAAAACCCACAUUAAUUCCAACUCAAAUCCCCCUUUGAAAUUUAUCGACUUUCUAUUUCUAUUUCCAUUUUCAUUCGACGGAGGUUACUGUUCAAGCUGCCGACAACAGAAUGUCUCGCCUAUCGAACUUCUAUCUGCUAACUUACAACUCCCUCCAAGCUUUUGGCUGGUAUGUUUCAUUUUUCUCGCCUAUCUUUUAUUUUUUAUUUUUUAUUUUUUUUUUUUGUCACCAUGGAUCUGUGUUUCUUGUUGGCAGGACGAUUUCUCUUUACAGACUUCUAGACAGUUUUGUAGCCACCAAAUCUACUAGUGGUGCUUACUCUUCUGCGGGAGAACUUAUCUGUUUCCUGCAAACUGCUGCAUUCUUGGAAAUUAUUCAUGGAGCUAUUGGCUUGGUGCCAACUGGAGUGUUGCUUCCUCUAAUGCAAUGGGGCGGGAGGGUUCAUUUUCUGGUUGCAGUUGUUCGUCAACUUCACGAGGUUCAACAGUUGCCUUCUGUUUUCAUCACUUUCCUGGCUUGGAGCUUAUCUGAGGUCAUCAGAUAUUCUCAUCAUGCUUUGAAUUGCUUGGGAGUUAGCCUAUUUUGGCUUACAUAUCUUAGGUACACUGCCUUCAUAAUUCUCUAUCCAAUUGGAGUGACAAUUGGUGAAAUGUGGCUCAUGUACCAAGCAAUUCCUUUUAUGAUAAAGAACAACCUCUAUGCAGAUGCCUUCGGUUACCUUCCCUUCAGCUAUUACAAUGCCAUCAAGGUUCUGCUUUUUGUCUACCCACUAUUUUUCUUGAAACUGUACCUACAUUUGUUCAAGCAAAGGAAAUCAAAAUUGGGCAAGCAGCACAAGAAGAAGAGAAACUGAAGAUACCAGAAAAGCACAAUCUACAAUGAUUUUUCCAGUGACCAGAAACGAGGAAAAGCAGAAGAAUAUAUAGUUAUGAGCCAUACAUGGUAUUUAUCAGGACUGGUGACACUGAAUUAUGUUUCUAUUGGUUGAUUUUUCCACGUUCAAUUGAACUUCUUUCUAGAUACUACCAACCAACCCACCGUCAAGAACACUUUUAAUUAACAAUGAGUUUAUGCUAUCUGACGCAGAAGCGGCUGAAUUGAAAUCUAAUUUGCUUAUUAAAAUAAGAUAUUGUCUCAGCAA